AUGGCACCUCUACGCCAGCCAUCAUCGCGUAACGCCCAACCCACAAAAUCAAUUCUCAAGAAUCCCUCAAACCACAGCUCGCAGAAUGCUGCAGCCACAUCUGGCUCGCUCUUCCCCUCCUCGAAGAAGGACAAGCGUCGAAUCAAACAUGCCCAACUCAUCCACAAGGUUACCAAAUCCAGUGAAAGAAAACCCAAGCGAAGAAGGCCGAACAAGAAACUGGUUACAACGCUCGAUGCAUUGGCGGACGCCUUGCCACACAGUGAAGAAACUGGCGAUGACCUGACUGAGACCAAGAUUGUGACCGCGGGGAAAAGACCGCAAGACCAAGUCAACAUCAUCAAGCGGAAGAGCAUCAAAUCUCGGCCUGGAGCAAUGAAGCGACGAGAGAAUGUCGACAGAGGUGAGAGAGAUAGGUUUGCCAAGAACAUGGCGCAGCUGGCUUCUGCUUCGUCCGAUGCGGCUGCCGGGAAAGGAGACAUGGAAGAUGACGGGAGUGUUUCUUCGAAGCCAGCUGCUAUUCCAUCGACGAGUGAGAGGUGGGCCGCUCUGAGAGGGUUCAUCUCUCAGACCCUGGAGACGAAGCCUGAGUUAAAAGCGCUGAAGACUUGA